AUGGAAGACAGUACACCUACGGGCAGUGAUUCCGCGACAAUUGCCGAAUUAUUCAGCAUCGACGAAGUCGACUUCAUCGGGGCGAAGGAUUCUACGAAUUCUUCGGUUUUAAAUCAGAUACUGUCGGAUUUGCGCAAGGUUGGUGGACCUAAUUCAGUGUGUAAAACUGAUCAGCGACCACGCGAUGAGACGAAGUCUGCAGGUUACAAGUUGUUACUCAAGAUAGUUGAGAACGUGCUUCUGCACCCCUGGGAGCAUGAAAAAAGGCGGAUACGCGAACAAAACGCCCUAUACAGCCGACGUAUUGGCAAUGACGACCAGAUGAAAGCUGUUCUAGUGGCAUUGGGGUUUCGCAGUAUUCACGGUUAUGCCGUACUACAAGUGGUAGAUGUACCACUCCUCCGCCUGGCCUACCGGUCCCUUAUCGCAGCUCUACAGGAAGAGUAUAGCGUUUCUGUUAAGUCCCUUGAAGGGCACUUCUUCGACCCAUUCAAGGCGUACAGGCACAGUAGCGACGUUAACAGGAACGCCUACACCGACAACUUCGAAUGCGUUGGCAAAGACCUGACUAAGCGACAAAUUGACAAGCUGAGCGACAAAUUGACGUCAUCUGUGAUAACAAGUAUAAAUGAAUGGAACCCCCAAAUUCACGUGGAUGAAGGCAAGUUGCGGCCAAAAAUAACCCAGAAAACCAGUGAGCCCGACGUACAAGAAGAUAAACACGCUGCAUCGCACCUGAAGAAAAUAUACGACAUCGGUAAAUGCGACUUCGAGUCCGCGUCGCAAAAAAGACUGGAGGCGCUCAAUAGGCAGUGUGAACAAGCCGAGCAGAAGCAGACAGUCGAACUCAAAAUCAGGUUACCCGCAACAACAGUGCUCACUAUUCAUCCCCCCCUGAAGACCCCCGUGGCAACGCUCAAGCAAGAAGUACAAACCUUGUUCGUCCCCGGCAUUGCCGCGGACGACUGGGAGCUCGUCGAGAUGCCAACACGGCGGGUGCUGGAUGAGCACAAAACACUUUUACAGCAGGACAUCAUCCAUCGCGUGUUGCUGCACUUCCGCCGCAAAGGUGGGUAA